AAUGGAAUUUUGUGACAAAAAAAGAAAGAUAUAAUAGUUUAUAGGCAAGUUUUGAUAAAUUGUUAGUAAUGCAUUUUCCAUAUUUCUUCUCGACAUAGCCAAACAGUAUCAACGCAUUCUCCAGGUUGCAUCUAAAUACUACUCAAACAAUAACAAUUCAUUUGCCGGAUAUGUAUUAAGCCAUUUGCAGGUAAUGUAUUACGCCAAUAAUAUAGAAAAAAUAGUUGCAUGUAUCUUAACUGCCCCUACAAGAAAAAUAUGUAUUUGAUAGCUCAAGGAAUUUGGGAAUUGCCAUCAAGAAGCUCGGUAAGUCCAUCACGGCCUCAGAUUCCCAACAUUCAUUCUUAUAGAAUGGAUUCGUAAAUAUAUGAAGAGAGAGUGUCCCAACAUUCCAUCUUCUCAACGGGAUUCAUGAAUUGAGAGAGAGGAAGAAUGGUAAACGUAUAUGCGCUUGGAGAAGUUGGAAGGUCAGUUCAAGUAAGUUGGAAGGUCUCUCUCUGUAAGUCGUAAUUUGUAUAGAUAUCGAGCAGCAUAUGAAUUUCACAAUUACUCUUUUUGGUUCGCUUUGAUCAACCAGAGCCGCUUAGCAUUUUCAUCACCAAACAAGUUAACGAUAAAACCUUGCUCUGUGUGCUCCGGCGGCACAUCUCAACAUCAGUGCAGUUACUCCCACGUGAAGCACCUGACCAGGCAAGUACAUAUCGCAAACACGUGAAGCACCUGACCAGGGGCUUUCCUUGGCUUACAAUGAACUGGAGAAGAAUAUGCAUGUUCUAAAUGAUCGAUUCGUGGAAUUAAGGCAGAUUAAGGAUGCUUUGGAUGAAAGGGUCGGAUUUUUGGAUGAGCUGAAAUUUGCUUUAGAGAAUGGGACUCACGCUGAUAUUCAUUUGGAACGUUUCAAUGGACCUGUAACUCUUGCACACAAAGCAAUUCUGGCCUCUAGAUCGCCCAUUUUCAGAACGAUGCUGGAAGUUGAUGAAUGUAAAGCACAGCCUAAAGAUGCUCUCCCCAUUCCUGAUAUGAAUUCCCAUGAGCUCAAAGCUUUGUUGGAAUUUCUUUAUAGAGGCUUCUUGCCCAAUGAUGAAUUCAGAAAACAUGCACAUUCACUCUUGGUUGCAGCAGAUAAAUUUGACAUCCCUUUUCUUGAAAAGCAGUGCGAAUAUCAAAUCGUUCGGACUCUCGACUCAUCAAAUGUUCUUGAGGUUCUCGAGCUGUCAGAGACUUGCUCGAAUGAAACUCUCAAGGAAAAUGCCUUGAAGACCAUUGUUGCGCACCAAAAUGAGAUACUCUUCUCAGAGAGAUAUGUAAAGUUUGCUCGCGGAAAUGCAGAACUCUUAUGUUUAAGAUUCGCGCUUGAGGUGCAAAUUUUCUUGAUACUGGGUGGAGGAGAAAAUAGCAAUGAAACGAUGAUAUGAAAAUUGGAGGAGGAGAAACUCCAAUGGAGAACAUUAAGUUUUUGAGAAGUAGGAGUUUAUUAUAUUGAUUUGAAUAUUUUAUCUGCCUUUUGUAAAAUGCAAGUUGAAAA